UGGAGCCAUGCUUGCCAAAUGGCAACUCCUAAAUGAAAGCCUUUUAGAUAUAGUGCAAUUAUCUUCUUCAUAGAGCACUUUCAGCCUUUCAGGCAAUUCAGGCAAAUGACAUCGAAAAUCAAAAAACUGAUAGGAAGAACCAGAGAGCUCUGAAAUGAGCUACUCAUUGAGCUUCCACAUCCCCAAGGCUUUACCUUCUCUCUCCCCUUCCCAAUCCAGAAUUGCUUCUCUGCACAUUUCCUCUAAACUAAAACAGCCCCACAAUUCCAACCCAAAGAAGACAGAAAUAACCAUCAGCUUGAAUCCGAUUGACAACUUCAUUUCUAAACAAUCCAUUUUAGCAAUUCAAGCUGGAGCACUUUUGGGCACUGUUGUAGAGCCAGCUAUUUCUGUUACUGGUGUGAAUAAUGAAGAAGAUUUCACAUGGGUUUUGAUUCAACUAGCCAUUUCAGCCUUCUUUUACUUUCUCGUCGUGCCGCCCUUCAUCAUGAACUGGCUCAGGAUCAGAUGGUACAAGAGGAAUCUACUGGAGAUGUAUUUGCAGUUCAUGUGUGUCUUUAUUUUCUUUCCAGGUGUGUUGCUUUGGGCACCAUUUCUUAACUUCAGAAAAUUCCCAAGAGAUCCAUCGAUGAAAUAUCCAUGGUCCACACCAGAAGAUCCUUCCCAAGUUAGAGGUGGAUUCCUCAAGUAUCCAUGGGCUCAAACCGAAGAUUAUGAAUAACCCACCUCACUCACAUACCUUGUGUUUAGAUUAUUGCACUACUACUACUGAAACCCUCUGGCUUUUAUGUAUCAUAUGAACAGCUUAGUAUAAUUUUCUUUUGUGUAACGCUUGAUCUUCCCAUGGCUCCCCCCCCCCCCCCAA